AUGCAACCGUGUUGCUCAGGAUCAAGCACUUGUUCUUGGAUUUAUUGCUGAGAAUUCUCUUCCCCUCUCAGUCACGUCUGGGAUUAUUAAAUUGGCUCAAGAGUUGGCCAAAGAUCCAAAAGCACUUGCUGAACUGUCAAUGGACAGGACAUCAGCAUCAUACAAGCUUACCCAUGGUGUGAAGAAGACUAUCCUGGAUGAAGUACUUGAGGAAAUCAGAAGUGUCCCCUUCUCCCUCAAUAUUGAUGAGGCCACAAGCAAGACAAAUCGAUGGUGACUCAUGUCACCACCUUCAUAAUGCUAGCAAGAAGUUGUGCUGUCCUUUUGAGCGUUGGGUUGAGUCUUUGCUGUCAGACCUGCACACAGACCACAAAUGGUCAGCUGACAUGAAAGAUGGCCUCAGAGAAAUUUGCAGUAUAUUUGGAAUCCAUUUCUCGCGGCCAGAGUGCUAUAUUCCACAUCGGUGGCUCUCAGUCUUGGAUGUCAGUCUGGAAACAUUGCGAAUGUGGGAUGCACUGGUCAUGUUUUACUAUGCCUUCCUCAGCAAUGAAGAUAAGUGUACAUACAAGGACAUUGUCAGUGCCAUUCUACAGAAGCGUGAAGUACAGGAAACAGGCAGGGCCCGGAUCAAGGAGUUGUGGAAGGAGUUGGGGAACAGGUCCAAGACCUUCACAAACGAGGGGAAGAUGAGGAAGGUCAGGAUUUGCAAGAAGCAGGUGCUAUUUGAGGACAAGAAAACCCUCCUUGAGCUCCACUUCUAUUCAGCAGUCCUUCCCAUGCUGAAACAUUACGUCCUGCUUUUUCAGUCCAAGGACCCACAGGUUCAUAAACUCCAUGAUGAGCAGGAGAAACUUGUAAGGGAGUUUUUAUCUUGCUUCAUCAAGCCAGAAAAAUUGAUAAACAGCAAAGGAAGGAAUCUGUCCGGGCCAAAGAUGAAGUUGCUUGACCUGACAUCGACAGACGCCCAUCUCGCAGCACCUUUUGUUGGCUCUGAGGCCUCAUCCCUCCUUGACCAACUAGGGAGGGAACACCCUGUUGUGAAGGCUUUCAAAACUAAGGUAAUCAAAGCCUACACCAGCUGUGCAGGUGACCUUCAAACAAAGCUACCUCUUGACAGUACAACCCUAAGGACUCUGUCAUGCUUGGACCCAGAUGCACAGGGAAGCCAUUACAUUCUUCCUCAUCUCCAGAAGUUGCCAAACAUGUUUCCAGCUGUGAAGCUUAAUAAAUUGGAGAGAGCUGGAUUUCAACAUGAAAUACACAGAUAUGCAAGUGACAUGACACUACCUCAGAUGACAGAGGGGGCAAGAGUUGAUUUAUGGUGGAAUGUUGUGAGAGAGACUCAGAGGUACCCAGCACUCUGCAAGCUUGCACUGUCUGCACUAUGCCCAUUUCAUGGUCCACAGGUGGAAUCAGCAUUCAGUGUAAUGUCCAACAUCCUGCAAGCCAAAGCUUCCAACCUAAGUGUUGAGUCAUAUGAGUCCUAUCAAGUGGUCAAAUACAACCUGAAGGCCAUGCAGGUGUCGGCCAUUCAACACUACUCCCGGAAGACAAAGGAGAGUCCUGUUAAUGUGCUCCAAGCCCAGGCCAUCUGA